AUGUUCAAGGGGUACAGGGAGCGACAGGGAGCGACAGGGACUUACAAGAAUAUUGAAUGCCGCAACAUCAGCCUCACCCCGUUCGUCAAGGACUUUGACAUCGCCUGCAUCCGCCUGAGUCUACUAUUAGUGUCUGGUCUGGUGGUUACUAAAUUGCUGGCGGAAAUAACCUACGACUUCUUCACCCAUAUAGGCGUGAACGCUAAGGGCAACUGUGCAGAGCGUGUUAAUGGACCAGAGCACGGAAAUAGAAUACAUGUACGUUUCCCCAACACUCACGAGCCCAAAUAG